AUGGAUUGUUUGCUAUGCUCACCAGUCUUAUAUGUUUUUCUAAUUUUUCUUUGGUAUUUAGUUAGAGUUUUGUUAAAUCGGUGUCUUCCCUUUCCACCUGGUCCAAGAGGAUACCCAAUAGUAGGAAACUUGAAACUUAAAAACCAAUUGAGUCAUCGUGGUCUGGCCGAGUUAGCCAAACAAUAUGGUGGUCUCCUACACCUUCAGAUGGGUAGAAUUCAUAUUGUAGCCGUUUCAACUGCUGAGAUGGCUCGAGAAAUUCUUCAGGUUCAAGAUGUGGUUUUUGCAAACCGACCGGCUAACGUAGCGAUUUCAUAUCUUACUUACAACCGAGCGGAUAUGGCAUUUGCGAACUACGGUCCGCUUUGGCGUCAAAUGAGAAAGAUUUGCGUGAUGAAGCUCUUUAGCAGAAGGCGGGCCGAAUCAUGGGCUUCGGUACGAGAAGAAAUCGAUUCAAUGGUUCAAACGCUUACCGAACAAACCGGUUUACCGGUUAACGUUGGCGAGCUGGUUUUCGCUUUGACGCGGAACAUAACAUAUCGAGCCGCAUUUGGCUCCUUCGCUCGCGACGGUCAGGACGAAUUCGUGAAGAUACUACAGGAGUUCUCGAAGCUCUUUGGUGCAUUUGAUAUCACAGAGUUCUUACCGUGGAUGAGAUGGUUUGGUAACCGCGGUUUCACCAUGCGGUUAGAAAACGCACGGAAAUCGUUGGAUGGGUUCAUAGACAGAAUCAUCGAUGCGCAUAUCGAAAAGAAGGAAUCUAGACAAAACGAUGAUGAUGGCUUGGACGAUGACAUGGUUGAUGAACUAAUGGCGUUUUAUAGUGGCGAGAAUGGUGGUGAUCUAUCUAAUGAUUCUCAGUCAUCAUCACUUAGACUCACAAGAGACAACAUCAAAGCCCUUGUCAUGGAUGUUAUGUUUGGUGGGACUGAAACGGUGGCGUCUGCGAUUGAAUGGGCAAUGACGGAGCUGUUGAAGAAUCCUCACGAACUCAGGAAACUGCAGCAAGAACUCGCCGACGUCAUCGGUUUGAGUCGUCAGUUUCACGAGUCUGAUCUCGAAAACCUUCCUUACUUCAGAUGCGCCAUGAAAGAGACGUUGAGGCUACACCCGCCGAUCCCGCUUCUCCUCCACGAGGCGGCAGCGGAUUCCGUCGUCUCCGGCUACUCAAUCCCUCGUGAUUCUCGGGUCAUGAUCAAUGUGUACGCAAUUGGGCGUGACGAAUCGGUUUGGACUGAACCAAAUGCGUUUAAACCGGGUCGGUUUAUGGAUAGCAAGGCUCCGGAUUUCAAAGGUAGUGAUUUCGAGUAUCUACCGUUUGGGUCGGGUCGAAGAUCGUGCCCGGGCAUGCAGCUAGGGCUUUAUGCUAUGGAGCUCGCUGUCGCGCACAUGCUUCAUUCUUUUAACUGGGAGUUGCCGGAAGGAGCUAACUCCGGGGAUCUGGAUAUCACUGACAUGUUCGGUCUCACGGCGCCUAGAGCCACCAGGCUCAUCGCCGUUCCGAGCUAUCGGCUAAAGUGCCCGAUGGUGAUUUAAAGAAUUGGGUUAAUGUUACAGU